CAAUCCCACACACCAAGCGUGCGAACACACACAAGAGAGAAAUGGCGGGAGGAAAUGAGAAUGGAGGGAAUCCUCCGAGCGAUUCAGUACCGAAUUCAUCGGAUCAGGGCGAAAACCCUAAUUCAAGUCAAUUUAAUGGCAAUCCACCGUCAACACCUGAUUCUCCUGCUGGUUUCAACACCGAUCAGCUGCCGUUCAACAGCCGCACCUCUGAAAACUAUUCAGACGAUGAAGCUUCUGUUGAUCAUGAAAUCAUUCGUGACGAACCGGAUGACGCCGAUGAAGAUGAAGGCGAAGGCGAAGAUCUUUUUAAUGAUAAUUUCAUUGAGGAUUACCGAAGGAUGGAUGAGCAUGAUCAGUAUGAAUCAGCAGGACUGGAUGUAUCUUAUGAAGAUGAUAGAAGCUUGGGUGAGAUCAUGGCGGAUCGUAAGGCCGCUGAAAUGGAACUUGAUGCUAGAGAUGGUGUUGCUUCACAGCGGAAGCUUCCUCAGUUACUUCAUGAUCAAGAUACAGAUGAUGACAGCUACCGGCCUUCAAAAAGAACUAGAGCUAGUUUUCGACCUCCUGCUGGUUCACCAGGUGGAGGUGGAAGCAGUCCACCAAGUGGUGGCGAUUUUGGUGAUGGUGGUGGCAGAGCACCAAGAUUUCCAGCUAGCGACGAUGACACUGAUGUGCCCAUGACUGAUUUUGAUGAUGAUAAUGAUGACGGUGAAUUUGAGAUGUACCGGGUUCAAGGUACGUUAAGGGAGUGGGUUACCAGAGAUGAAGUCCGUCGUUUUAUUGCUAAGAAGUUCAAGGAAUUUAUUCUCACUUACGAGAAUCCAAAGGGGGAACAGCGUGACUUCAUAUAUCUUAGGCAAAUAAAUGAGAUGGUGUCAGUCAACAAGUGCAGUCUUGAGAUUGAUUACAAACAGUUUAUCUAUGUCCACCCAAAUAUUGCCAUAUGGCUGGCGGAUGCACCUCAGUCUGUUCUUGAGGUCAUGGAGGAAGUUGCUAAUAAAGUUGUGUUUAAUUUACACCCUAACUAUAAAAGUAUUCACCAAAAGAUCUAUGUCAGAGUUACCAACUUACCUGUUUAUGAUCAGAUUCGCAACAUAAGGCAGAUCCAUCUAAACACAAUGAUUCGUAUCGGAGGGGUUGUCACACGAAGGUCUGGAGUUUUUCCUCAAUUGCAACAAGUAAAGUAUGAUUGUAACAAAUGUGGAGCAGUGUUGGGGCCUUUUUUUCAAAAUUCAUAUUCAGAGGUGAAGGUUGGCUCCUGUCCAGAGUGUCAAUCAAAAGGACCGUUCACAGUCAAUAUUGAGCAGACCAUAUAUAGAAAUUAUCAGAAGCUAACCCUUCAAGAGAGCCCUGGCAUUGUUCCAGCUGGCAGAUUGCCAAGAUACAAAGAAGUGAUACUUCUGAAUGAUCUGAUUGAUUGUGCACGUCCUGGGGAAGAGAUUGAGGUUACUGGAAUCUACACAAACAACUUCGAUUUGUCGUUAAAUACCAAAAAUGGAUUUCCUGUAUUUUCCACAGUGAUUGAAGCAAACCAUGUUACGAAGAAGCAAGAUCUGUUUUCAGCCUAUAAACUUACCCAAGAGGACAAGGAAGAAAUCGAGAAACUGUCUAAAGACCCACGAAUUGGUGAAAGGAUUAUCAAGUCAAUUGCUCCAUCAAUUUAUGGUCAUGAGGACAUAAAGACGGCAAUAGCUCUUGCAAUGUUUGGAGGUCAGGAGAAAAAUGUGCAAGGGAAACAUAGAUUGCGUGGAGACAUAAAUGUGCUACUCUUAGGUGAUCCUGGUACUGCAAAAUCCCAGUUUCUUAAAUAUGUCGAAAAGACUGGACAAAGGGCUGUUUACACAACAGGGAAAGGAGCUUCUGCCGUGGGACUUACAGCAGCAGUGCACAAGGACCCAGUCACGCGAGAGUGGACUCUUGAAGGAGGUGCCCUUGUCCUGGCUGACAAGGGGAUUUGUUUGAUUGAUGAAUUUGACAAAAUGAAUGAUCAAGAUAGGGUGAGUAUCCAUGAAGCCAUGGAACAACAAAGCAUUAGUAUUUCUAAAGCCGGAAUUGUGACUUCCCUUCAAGCUCGAUGCUCUGUCAUUGCUGCUGCUAAUCCAAUAGGGGGAAGAUAUGAUUCAUCAAAAAACUUUUCGCAGAAUGUUGAAUUAACAGAUCCAAUUGUCUCCAGAUUUGAUGUUCUCUGUGUCGUGAAGGAUGUGGUGGAUCCAGUUAUGGAUGAGAUGCUUGCAAAGUUUGUCGUAGAUAGUCAUUUUAAAUCCAUCCCUAAAGGCUCUAACUAUGAUGACAAGUCCAUCAACAAUUCUCAGGAAAAUUUCCAAGACUCUUCCAUGUUAAUGGAUCCUGAGAUACUUUCUCAAGACAUGCUAAAGAAGUACAUCACAUAUGCCAAGCUAAAUAUAUUUCCAAGGUUGCAUGAUGCUGACUUGGACAAACUAACACAAGUUUAUGCUGAGUUAAGAAGAGAAUCAUCGCAUGGCCAAGGAGUUCCAAUAGCUGUGAGGCACAUAGAAUCUAUGAUUAGGAUGUCAGAAGCUCAUGCCAGGAUGCAUCUCAGGCAACACGUUACUCAAGAAGAUGUGGACAUGGCUAUUCGUGUACUUCUCGACUCUUUCAUUUCCACUCAAAAGUUUGGAGUGCAAAAGGCUCUACAGAAGAGCUUUAGCAAAUACAUGACAUUCAAGAAGGACUUCAAUGGUUUUGUUCUGCAUAUAUUGAAUCAAAUGGUGAAAGACACAUUCAAUUUUGAAGAGAUAAUGUCUGGAUCUAACAAUAAUGUUACACAUAUUGACGUCAAGUUGAAGGAUUUGCAGACCAAGGUGUUGGAUUAUGGAAUUACCGAUCUCAACUCCUUUUUUACAAGUGCGGGUUUUGCUAAUGGGCACUUUGAAUUGGAUGAAGAAAGAGGUGUGAUAAGGUAUCACAUUUCAAGAUGAUGUGUGACUGAGUUAACAAAGUACUCGUAAUAUGUUUUGAACUUUAAUUAGUCUUGGCAUUUGAAAGAAACAGUUUGCCUUGUUGAAACCCGCUAGCGUUGCUUUGCAUAUGAAAAAUGUUUAUUUAUUGCAGGAGAGGGUUAACUUAUUUUGUUGUACUAAA